AUGGACUACGUCCCUCCGAGUGCCCAGGGCAUGUUUGUCGAGUCUCUUGCAGUUGUCGGAGUGAUCGGUGGACUGCCAGUGCUUGCCUUGCAAGUGACGAGAUGCCUCUGCUGGCUCAAGGGAGUGAUCACUGCGGGGAGCCGGCUGGAAGCCGGCCUAAAGCUGGCUGGCACAGAGGGCACUGAGCUCAUGGCUGCCAGGCGAGCGGAGGAGCUGUCCUCGGAUGACAUCUCGGAGGGCUCGGAGUUCACCAGUGGGCCACCGAUGCCGAGACCGGGCGGCCCUCGUGGACCGCCGCCACCAAGGCCAGUUCAGGAUGUGCAGCCGAUGUCGCACCACCUGUCGAACUCGGUCUUCACGGCACUCCAGCAGCAGGGUAUCACCCUGCGUAGCGCCUUGACGGUGCUGCCAUGGGGCUUGGAAGGCUACACCGAUGUGACCAUCGAGGAUGAUGAUGAUGGUGACAACGAGGAGACCUUCCUGCGCGGGCUCAUCCCCAGUGCUCCGGCGACCGAGAGCGGAGGCCCGACAACACCGAUGACAACCAGCAUGGCUUCCGGGAGCGCAGCAGCACCCUUGAUGACCACGACGCUGGCCACCACGACCACGGCAAGUGCCAAACCUAAGCCGAUGACGAAGGCCAAGCCGCGAUCCAACCGCAAGCUGGAGCCUCUUUUGACCUUGCUGCCCUCACUCUGUGUGCCAUACCACAUGCAAAACCUUGGCCACACGUGGUGCACCUAUGCUGGCAAAGUGCUCAUGUGUGCCACAGCUAUGCCGGUGCGACCACUGACUCCAAUUUGGGCGACACGCAGUGGGGAAAAAGACCACGCUACAAUUGUGGGCUGGCUGGGCACUGUACCUUAUGACGACCUUCUUGUGUACCUGGCAGGGAGCCUCAACGGGGUUAAGACUGCCGAGGAGCAGGUGAUGCAGGCUGGAGUGCACUUCGGUCUAUCUGGACCACGCUACCACGAGGUGAUCACGUGGCUACGAGAUGAACAUCAGGCUGGCCGCACAGUGGACAUCUGCUGCCUCCAAGAGACUCAUUGGAAGGAGGAGAUGGAGUUCACCACUGCUGCUGACGAGGAAGGAUCUUGCAUCUACGUCUUUGCCUACAGGCCCUCCUCAAGCAGCGACGACAAAUCUGGAGGACGAUGGAUAAGUGGCUCCAGGGAGUACCACAGCGAAAUGGACAAGGCGUUGCCUCCGAUCGUGCUGGCCACCAACAGGAGGUGGUUGCUGAGUGACAACAUACACCAAGCAGCCAAACGGUUUGCACCGAAGGCCCCCCGGAAACGAUUACAGCUACGGGAUGCGACUGGUGGCAUCCAGACCCACGAGGCGGAGUUCGAACAGAUCAAGGCCUACUUUGUUAAGUUGUACGCGGGUCCUGUGCCUGACCAGGUUGUCCUCUCCAAGGGGCCCCUCAUCACGGUCGAGGAGGUCCUGGCUGCGCUGCAACGGUUGCAGGCUGGCAAGGCCAUGCCGGACAAAAGUGCACCGGCCGCUUUGUGGAAGCACUUCUCCCAGGAGGUGGCACCCAUCCUGUCUGCCCAGUUUAACCUCUACCUGGCCCCUGGGGCCACGGGUUUGCCGCAAUCUUGGUGCAUUUCCGACCUUGUCCUCAUCCCCAAACCGGGGAAGACGAUGAAAACACCUGGCGACCUCAGCCCCCUCUCGCUUCUUUCUUUACCAGCGAAGGCAUUGGCCUCGGUUGUGGCGAGUCGAUUACAAGAAUAUGCGGUUCGAUACCUACGGGAGGUGCCACAGUUCGCCUAUGUCCCAGGCAGGACCUUGGCACAAGCUCUUGAACGAGUUUUCGCUGACUGUGCAGCUGUAAGGGUGGCCCUUCAACAAGGACACAACAACGUCCAUGCCAAACGCCAGGGACACAAAGUGGCAUCGAUAUGUGGUGGUUGUAUGCUGUCCCUUGAAGUCUCAAAGGCGUAUGAUUGUGUAUCACGACAACAUUUGGAGGCUGCCUUACGGGAUGCUGAAGUGCCAGGGUACCUCAUUGAACUCACCCUCCUCAUUCACCACACUGCUUGCAUCCGCAUCAGUCAUUGCACCCAGGAGACGGUCAUCCCAACCUUCCGGGGGUUGAGACAGGGAUGUUCCCUGUCCCCCAUCCUCUGGGCAAUCCUGACAGGCUGGAUGUUGAGACAGAUGGAGGACCCGGGGGUUGCGAGUAUCAUGCAGGCUAAUACGACGUACGCUGAUGACCAGCACUAUGCCUGGCAGGUUGGCUCCGGUACCGAUCUCGAGGUUGCCUAUGCAGCGAUGAAACACAUCCUUCACCUUCUCCGGAGGUUCGGACUGCAGAUCAGUGCUGAUAAGACUGUGAUUCUGAUGGACAUCAGAGGGCUACAUGCUCAAAAGGCUCUGCUGCGCUACGUGGUAGACAUGCCGCAGGGGAAGUGUGUGAAGUUUAUCAUCGAUGGAGAGGCCACCUAUAUCAAGAUGGUUGCGGGUCAUGUCUACCUUGGGGCCGUGAUAGGAUACCAAAGGUUUGAAGCGGAUACCCUGCAACACAGGAUGAAGUUGGCGAAAGGGGUGUACUCCAGACUGGGCAGCAUCCUCAGACAUAGGUCGAUCCCUCUCCGAUUGCGGUUACUACUGUGGCAAGGCUGCCCAUCACAGCUACAGUGGCGGACGACGGUGAGGUGCCACCUUUUUGACUCAGCAUGUGUGUGGCAUGCCCGACUAGAUGAUGGUGGCCAUACUGCUAGACUCAGCCCAGUGACCAUGGUUGCACACGAGCAAUUCGAGUGUGAAGUUUGCGGGCAAUGCUUCAGCACACAGACUGCACAGAGACGACAUGUUUAUCUCACACACCUUGAUCAACAGCAACAACAGCAACGAGAUGAAGAGGUCAAGGGCUCCCUGACAAAAUCCGCAAUGGAUCACUCGGUGGACGGGAUGCCAACUUGCAAACAUUGUAAGCACAACUUCUGUACUUGGCACGCCUUCAAUUACCACAUUAGCUCUCAGAGCUGCGAAGGCCUACGAAAUCUACACAAUCAGCAGAAUGCAGCAGGCAAUGUUCCUCAGAGUGAUGCCCGCGUUGCCUCUGACACGAUACUUCAGCUUGCUGGGGACUGUACUUGGCAACAGCUUGCACUCCACCCGAGUGUUCAGGCUAAACAUCAUCACUGCCCUGAGUGCAAUCACUGGUCUAGCACACCCCAGUAUGUGAAGCGCCAUAUGCUGAGCCAACAUACGGAGUGCAGGCAAGUGAUAGAAUCCUGUAUGGAUGCGAUCAAGGCGAGUAAACUGAGCCUGACCAACCCCUGCCAGUAUUGCAGAUUGGAGUUCAAGCGCAAGGAUGCACACUUGAGGUCGUGCAUUGGCAUUUUUCAUGGUGUGUACUUGCAUCGCAGGCUUGCCAGGGGUCAGAAGCUAGUGCUCGAAGGGACGGGCAACGUUGGCCUCUCAGCUCUUGUGGCGAAUGGAGGACAUCGCGAUGAAGAACCCGGACGAGCUCACCACGGCGACGGCCGAGCUGGACCUCCUACGGACCCUGGCCCCACAGGUGCUGAACGGCAGCCCAUCCACGACGGCGUCCCCGGGAUCCACCUCCAGCAACGACCAGUUGGAGGAGAGGCCGCCAAAGUGGCAAAAGCCCGGACAAAAAGGCCAACAGGGAGGACAGCCAAAGGGCAAGGGCAAAGGGCCGAAGUCAGGACAAUCAGCCAGCUAUUACAACACUUGUCAUCCGACACGAAAUUCAGCAGAACAUAUGCCGGCUCAACUCGGGAUUCAUGGUGUUCAUCCAGACCACCACGCCGGACAGCCUGGCUCACUCCACUUAUCAAGUGGGGAUGGCGUGGCAUCAGAUGA